GGGUGGUGUAUAUAAGAGCCGUGUUAGUUCUGCGCUUCAACAUAUCUUGUCAUUUCCAAUUCGCUCAAGUACUAUUCUAUCAAGUUCUCCUCUUGUGUGGUCGUUAUAGGCGUUUUACCUUCACCCGGACUGAUCCAAUGGCAUCCGGGCUUGCAAGAAGGCUGGAAGGAAAGGUGGCGCUGAUCACCGGCGCCGCCAGCGGCAUCGGCGAGAAGACGGCGAGGCUUUAUUCGAGGCACGGGGCUAAGGUGGUGAUCGCCGACGUUCAGGACGAUUUAGCACAAAAAGUAUGCAACGACCUCGACGCCGAGUUCGUCCACUGCGACGUGACGGAGGAGCCAGACGUGGUCAACGCGGUCAACGCCGCCGUUUCUAAGUUCGGCAAGCUCGACAUCAUGCACAACAACGCCGGAAUCGGAGGGACUUUCCGGGACAGCAUUCUCGACGAAGAGAAGUCCGACUACGAGCGGGUCAUUAGUGUGAACCUCGUCGGAACAUUCCUCGGAAUCAAACACGCCGCCCGGGCUAUGAUCCCUAAUGGGCGCGGCAGCAUACUCACGACGGCCAGCGUCGCCUCCGUCGGCGGCGGCGUUGCGCCCUACGGGUAUACGAGCUCGAAGCAUGCCGUGGUGGGGCUAACGAGGAACGCGGCGGUGGAUCUGGGACGAUAUGGGAUCCGAGUCAACUGUUUGUCGCCGCAUCUCUUGGAGACGCCGUUGACCAAGGGGUACUAUAAGAUGCCGGCGGAGGAGUUGAGUAAGGUCUAUUCAACGUUCAAAGGGGAGGAGCUCACGGCGGAGGAUGUGGCGGAGGCGGCGCUUUUCUUGGCAAGUGACGAAUCGAGGUAUCUGAAUGGGGAAAACAUGGUUGUUGACGGAGGUUUUACCAUUGUCAACCCUAAUUUAUGUAUUUACAAAUGAUAUUGUGACUUGCACGUGAGUGUACAUUAUUUAAGGUGUGUUUGGUAUUGUUUUAAAAAAGCACUAUCAGUUUUUUUAGAGUAAAAGCUAAAUUUGGUGUUUGCAAAAAAAUUCAGCUUAAUUUAAUCACUUUUAAGCAAAAAGUCAAAAGAAGGCCCGACCAUGCUUUUUUCCACUUCUUGGUAUUUUCCUAAAUAAGUUCAACUUUUGGGAUGUUUUUAUUUCUAAAUAUAUAAACUACUCCAAAAGUACCCUUACCCCAAGAAGGGUCGUACAGAGCAUCAUCUUCCCUUAUCCCUAGUGUUGUAAAUGAAUCAAAUAAUUUGUGCUCGAUUCGCGAUUCGAAUUCGAAAAAUUCAAAUACAAAUAUGAAUAUUAA